AUGCCAAAUACACUUACUGAUGCUUACGUGAAGAAUUCGGUUUGGAAACCAUAUAUUUACAAAGAUAAAGUUGUAUUUGUUACAGGAGGCGCAGGUACAAUCUGUAGAGUGCAGACAGAAGCAUUGGUCCUUCUUGGUGCAAAUGCAGCCAUCAUCGGAAGAAAUGUCGAAAAAACAGAGGCAGCAGCAAAGGAGAUUGCACAAAUACGCCCAGGAGCUAAAGUGAUUGGUUUGGGAAAUGUCGAUGUGCGUAAAGUACACGAUUUGAAAGCAGCGGUUGACAAAACAGUUGCAGAGUUGGGCAAGAUCGACUACGUGAUUGCUGGUGCCGCUGGUAACUUUUUAGCUGAUUUCAACCAUUUGUCGUCAAACGCGUUCAAGACAGUUAUCGACAUUGAUUUGCUCGGUUCUUUCAACACCGUAAAGGCAUGUUUUGAAGAGUUGCGAAAGAAUAAAGGUGCUGUAAUUUUUGUCAGUGCCACCUUGCAUUAUUAUGGUAUUCCUUUCCAAUCCCAUGUUGGAGCUGCUAAAGCAGGUGUGGAUGCAUUGAUGAAUGCAUUAGCCGUCGAGUUGGGCCCAAUUGGGGUCAGGCUCAACUGUAUUGCUCCUGGCUUAAUAGGCAAUACCGAAGGUGGCGCAAGAUUGAACCCACCCACCGAAGUGCCAUUGGAUCAAAAAGUACCCAUUGGUAGAAUUGGUACCACUACUGAUGUUGCUGAUACUACUGUGUAUUUAUUCUCGCCAGCGGCCUCGUACAUUACAGGUACUGUGACUGUUGUGGAUGGUGGAUUAUGGCAAAUUGGUGGAUUCUUGGGUGAAUUGUACCCAUCUGUUGUUAAGCAACAGCUAGAAGACCCUGAAGUUAAAUUAUAA